GUUUUGAAGUGUAGCAUAAAAUAAAAGUGGGUACAGAUGAAACUCUUCCUCCGCCAUUGACGGCUCUGGAGCUUUCCGCUCAAGAUUACAGCUUUUAUUGGAGGAUACUGGCAAUUGUUAUAUUGGGAAAAAGGAUGAGUGGGUUUAGAGCAUUCAAAGCAAAGGUGUCAAUUGAGUGGAGCCCAAACUUAUACAUAACCCUUGUGAGGGGAAUUCCUGGAACCAGGCAGCUUCACAGGCGAACCCUCGAGGCCAUGGGUCUCCGCAAAUGCAAUCGUACCGUUAUGCAUUCAAACACUCCAUCCAUUAGGGGAAUGAUUCAACAGGUUAAGAGGUUGGUCGUUGUUGAAACAGAAGAGAUGUACAAGGCUCGCAAAGAGGCAGAGGCUAAUCACAAAGCACAACGCCCGCCUCUGGUUUUCAAUCACACAUUCUCAGCAAGUUAAGCCUUAAUUCAUCAGAUCAAGAACCCAUUUUCCAUGCAAGACUUGAGCUUUUUGCUUUAAAGUUCAAACCAAUGUGUAUGGGUCUGUGGGAAGUUCAUGAUUAUCUUCUAGAAACUUAGUAUUCAUAAGAGGUUUGGCAAUAUAUGUUGGUUUCGCUUU